AUGAUAAGGAACCAAGUGGAACUCGUGGACUCCACAGCUCCGGACUGUCAGAAUGGAAUCUCUAUGGACCUCUUCCUGCACCUCUCAAUCAUACCAGCAGUGUUGAUCAUCGGGGUGCUGUCAUUCCUCCAGAGAAGAGCCAAGAGACUGGGCAUCGACUACAGGCUGCCCUUCCUGGACGGACGUUUUGCCGUUGUGGUGCCUUUGGAUACUAUUGGCAGCCUCAGUAACCGUUGGUCCUAUGGGUUUGCGUUUGGUGCCGUGUCCUCCAGCGUCCUGCUGCUCUUCUCUGAAGGUUACAUCCCCUUCACUGUCCCAGCCUGGGCCAGAGCUAUCGUGUUUCUGGUCGGAGCUCUGGAGGUGGGCCUGGUCUAUUUCCCUUUCUUUGCCUGUCUGUCCACACCUUUCAGAACAGCUGGGGCGGUGCUGGGAAUACUCUACUCUCUGUCCUGGAUCGCUGUUACAGCCUGGGAUACGUUCACCUGUCCCAGUGGUAAGAUUCUGGGUAAAUACCAGAAGAUCAUUGUCCAGUGGCCCUGCAUCCUCUCCCUCAUCUUCCUCCUGGGGCGAUUUGUCUACAUUCUGGUUAAAGCUGUUCGAGUACACCUGCAACUGGCACAGGAGGACCCUGAAGAACUGAUUGGGCAGCACCAGGUGCAGCAUGUUAGGAGGCUGCUGAGGAAAACACCUGCUAAAAGUAAGCCCCUCAACUGGUUCCAGAGCAGAGUGUACGAGUGGGACCCCUACUUCAAGUUCCCCAACAGGAUCAUCGGCACUGCCAUUAUAUCUCUGAUAGGCCUGUACACGAUGACCUUGGCGGACUACAGCCUCAGUGAUGUGGCUUUUGACCGAGCUGAGAGUUGGAAGAACACGCUAAAACAGCUGGUUACUUCUUGCAACCAGACCGAAGCCCUAGGAACCAUGAUCCCACAGCUGGAGGAAUUCAUCGACGUGGCUCGGAAGUCUUGGCUUGCUACCACCAUCUUUGCUAGUCUCAACUCUGUCGCCUACACCUUCCAUGUCUUAGUAUGUUACAGAAAACACUUGAAGAGGCUGUGGAGAGGGCAGAAGGGGUUUAUCCCUGAGAAGUUUCACAACCCUAGCUCUGCUGUCAGCGUAGCUUCAAUCACAAGAUACUCCGGCUGGCAAAUAGCAUUUACACUGUGGGGCUACCUGAUUGUCCAUUUUGUCCACUUCCUGUUUGCUCUGCUGUUUGUCUAUGUGCUGGUUCUUCCUAUAAAGCACGGCAGGACACUGAACAUGCUCAUCAACCUGGGAAUCAUAGUUCUGACCAUCUGCCUGGUGAUCGCCCUGGUGGUUGUCCAGGUAACUCUGGUUCAGAUCUUCUUCCUUCAGGACAAAAUGUCUCCCACUGAUAAACAGAAACCUCUGGCCCUCAAUAACAGGAAGGCGUUCCACUGCUUCAACUACUUCUUCUUUUUCUACAAUGUGGUGAUGGGGAUCAGCAACUGCAUACUGAGGCUGCUGUGCAGCAUCGUGGCGGGAACGUGGCUGGUGUCACGCAUAGACCGGACCAUUAUGCAGAGAGGAUAUGAAGGCAUGGAUGCCGGCUACAGCACUUGGGUUGGGAUGAUCUUUGCUGACCACUAUCACAACAAUCCAGUCAUGGUGUGUUUCUGCCAGCUGCUGGUCUCCACCACACUGGAGAGACGAGCUGCGUCUCCAUACUCCACAUUGAGCAGCAGGCCAUCUGAAUCCCCUGUGAAUAGCCGGGCCAGGAGGCGUUGGAUGUUGUUUUAUACCUUGCUGAGGAACCCUCAUCUGAUCCUGUUCAGAAAGCACCACCUGUCCGCAUCUUCAUCACUAGAGGCAUUUUCAUUUCCCCAGUCAGACGCAGUGUUGCAGGCUUGGGUCAUGGCAUCUCAAACACAGAGCCGCCAAGCAGCAUCAGAGUCACCACCAGAGACUGCAGUUAUACCAGCGAUACCAGCAGAAGACUGUUAAACAAACUUUUCCAUAGAUGCUGAUCAUGAUAAAAACUAUGUGCCCUUUUUUUUGGAGAAUCUCCAUUUUGUAGAAGGAACACUGUGGUGUGUUCAAAGUCUUUUUCAAUAAUUGUAAUUAAAUAGGGUUUUGCAAAGUCAGUGCAGCUAAUAUUAAUUGUCACCGAAAUCCUC